CUUUAGGUAAAAGCUCAUGUAGUCUCAACUUUCCCCAUGCAUGAAUCUAUAGUCUCCCCCAACUCACACCAACGCCUUUGCGGCUAUUACAACGCAGUCCCUCUUGUGUUCCAAAAGGACCAAAACCCAUUCCCAAAUCCUCUAUAUAUACCCCUCUGAUGCACUACUAGUCUACCCCAACUCAGCAGACAUUGUUUGAGUUGACUAAAGCUCAGUAAUACAUAUAGAGAGAGAGCUUAAUUUGAUCGAUAUGGAAAAGUUCAAUUUUGUUAGAGACGGGGUGAUUAGAUUGCCACUUGGGUUUCGCUUCCAGCCAACAGACGAAGAGCUUGUUUUUCAGUACUUGAAAUGCAAGGUCUUUUCGCGUCCGCUGCCUGCUUCAAUCAUUCCUGAGAUUAAUGUCAGCAAGUAUGAUCCUUGGGAUUUGCCAGGUGAUUUGGAGCAAGAGAAGUACUUUUUCAGUAACAAGGAAGCCAAGUAUCAGAUUGGAAACCGGAGCAAUAGAGCAACAAGUUCUGGUUACUGGAAGGCGAGUGGCACAGACAAACAAAUCACAUCUUCAAGGAAUAGUCAGCUGGUGGGGAUGAAGAAGACACUGGUUUUCUAUAGAGGGAAGCCUCCAUAUGAUUCUAGGACUGAUUGGGUCAUGCAUGAAUAUCGUCUUCUCAUUGCAGGAGCUCCACAGACAAAGAACACACCCUCAAGCUCUUCGAUCCAAAUGGAAGACUGGGUUCUGUGUCGCGUAUUUCUGAAGAGAAGAACAGGGGCUGAACAUCAUGAGGCCACAGAGUCAUGUUCCAGUGGGAUCACAGAAAUUUCUUCAAGUGAAUCAGACCAUGAAGAAAGCAGUAGUACUGCUGGCUACAAUUUCUUCCACUGAUCUCUACUUCAGAAGACAAACCCACCAUGAAAGCUCUUCUUCUUCUUCUUGUCAUUCCUGCCGACCUCCUCUCCUAAACCAACAGCUUCUUAAGCAAGAGCUCCAUUAAUGGAGAAUUAAGAACUGGCGAUCAUUCUGUGUGCCUUAGCUAGUGUGUGCCUCGAGGCUAUAUUUCUCAACCAGAGGAUAUAUAUCACAUCUGUAAAGAAGAGAGAUAUUAAAGUAUUGGUGUGAGAACUGAUUGGUUAGCCAGAAAAUUUGCAGCUAUGAGCUGGAGAUGAUUCUUCUAGUAUGAAUUUAGGUUAAGUUUCUUAA